UUUCUUAAGCUCAUCUCACUUUAAUAUAUUGCCAAAUCGGCAUUGCCUUGUCACUAUGUUAUUUAAUACACUACUUAAAAGGCCACUCUCAUACACAACUACCGAGUUGACCACUGCUUAUGAUAGCCUUUUCAACUUUGUAACCUUUUCUUAAAUACAUGAAAAAGUUUUGGAACUGGGUUAUUUGGUGCUUGAGUUAAAAACCUAAACUAUAUAUGCUAUCUAACAGUCCAAAGAGAACUAAAGAUCAGAGCGAGUUGGGAUCCUAAAAUCUCCACUUCUAUCAAAAGUCCGUAGAAACUCUAGUCAAUUUAUUAAAGUCUUCUUUCUCUGAUAGAACCGAGGAUGUUCUUAUUUGCUCCAAUGUCAACCUGCACAUGGAACUCAUUCAACCGAAUAAAGUCAUUUCUGUGAAGAAAUACUGUUUGGCUUCAAAAAGCAUUACAGAAUUGAUUCCGAUUCUUCAUUCAAAACCGCUUGGCAGUAAUCGAAUCCUCAAAAAUGUUGGGAUACAUUUUCCGUUGAUUCGAGAUUCGGAUCUGGAAAGCGGCCGACUUCUUUCCUGUUGCCGUGGAAUUCCACUUGUUGUCUUCCUAUUAAGUGUGGUGUCGCGAGGGGUGUGAAAGCGUUUGGGACCAGCUGAACAGAAGCAGCUAGGAUACUAAAUAGCAACUAAAUUUGAUUACAACCUUGGUUUAUGUCGUUUUACCCAGACUCUGUCGUAGCGUCGCUAGACGCAGUGGAAGAGUUUAGUGAUGGACAAAUGACAUGGAAGUUCGGCUCUUCAGUUCCUUUUUCAGUCCGGGAAGUUUCAAGCAACUCUUUUUCGGGGAAAGAGAAGAUGGGGGGUUAUUUAAGCCAAAGUUUGAAGCCAGAUAUUUUCAGAAGGGAUUCGAAGAGACUUCCAGGAUAUUCAGCUGAAGGGUUAACGGGCAGUAGGUCUGUAACAAAGCCACCCUUGUCGAAAUUGUCGAUUUUGUCAACCGGGGGAGUGACUGAAGGGGAAAUUACUUUUACUUCCUCGUCUCAUAGCGAGUCACAAACUUCUGUCCACGGGUUUGGCGAGAUUGAAGAACAGGAAGUUUUCGAAUUUUCGUCACGGAAUCACGUUGCCAGAGAAAGUCAACUCUGUUCGAUAAAAAAUGGAAGAGGAAGGUCUCCAAGCACGAACAACUUCGAAAUUCCUCGGGAGAAUAGCUCGGAAAGAGAUGAGGAAGAUGAAGAGAACAAUUUUGUUCCACCUCAUCUUCUCGUCCAGAGGGAGACUCAGUCUUUGUUUGAGCGACCCUGUUCGAAGCGUAUGAUCAAUUGGACUUGAGUGAAUUGCGUGAUAUGAGUUGUUUGUUAUGGUAUUUCUGUACCGCUGCCUUGUCGGGUUUCAAUGUGUUUAUAUUUUUAUCAUAUUUGAAGAUUUUCGAAGAAUGAUUCCAGUUUUUUUCUCGAGCUGGCUUCCAUAGUUACAUAUACGAGAAGAGUUUAGUAUAUGUGAAUUUGGGAACGCCUGUACUUCUGAGUGUCAAAGAAGGUUGUCUAUAGUCGGGUUCGUUUCUUUUGAAAUGAAUUCGAAAAAAAUAUAAUAAAUGCCUUUUGCUGUGACAUCGAUGAGUUGCAAGCUAUCCUACUAUUUCUUUUAUGACAAUUUUUUGUACCUCUCUUGUUCAGGAAACUUCAUUUCCAGAGCACUUCAGAAUUCCUU